CCUGGGGCCCUCGUCUGUCCUCCCCUGACGGGCGGUGCCAGUCUGCAGCCCGCGGCAACCAAGGGGAGAGACGCAGCCGGGCAGGGAUGGAAGACUGGGUUUACUGUCUCUCUCUUUUUUGUGCGGUGUUUUCUGCAAGAGUCCUUGGUUUUCCAGAUGGAAAAAUCAGCCCAGCUUGUGAUUCUAUGUUACCUAGUCAUGGUAACUUUGUUUCCCAAACUACCUCAGCACCUUACAGGAUCUCCAUAUCCAGCACUUCAUUUGACCCAGGAAACAAGAUCACAGUGACUCUACAAGGAAUUGACAAUUCCACUUUUAAAGGAUUUUUACUGCAGGCCCGAGCAGUUAGCGGAGAUGGUAUUGUUGGUACUUUUCAAAUCAUAGAUCCAAACACGCAAGGUCUUUUGUGUAACCAAGUUCAGAAUUCUUCAGUGAGUCACACAGAUCGCAACAGCAAGAAAAAUGUAACAGCAAUUUGGGUAGCACCAUCAGGCACAGGAAAUGUACAAUUCAGAGCAACUGUUGUUCAGAAUGUGAGUGUUUUCUGGACUAAUGUCAGAAGUCAAACUCUUGUGUCUUCCAGUUCCUCUGUUGACUCACAUGUCCUGGGUAAUUCUGAAGGUAGGGGGUUGCAUCUCACCAUUGACAUGUGGACCGGUGUUCAGGCAACUGACUAUGUUAGCAGAAGCAGCAGCAGCACAGGCAACAGCCAUCAAAAAAAAGCAGCAGUAUUUGAUGGCAACAUGUCUCAACCCCUGAUUGAAAGCACCAUGGCUUCCUUCAUCUCAGAUAACAGGGAUGCUGAGGCAGCCAUAACCUACUUUAAAAAUCACCUGGGAAGCAUGGUGGCUGAAGUCAUUGCUUGUGGCUCUCCAAAACAUAGGCCACAGCAUCAUCCCCACCAGGAGGCUCCGACACUCUUCACUGCUGGCAGUUGA